AUGGUGUUUGACAAAGUUAAGGGAAUAGAAGGUACAGUGUGCAGUAACGCUUGGGAUGAUCGAGAUGCCGAAGUUGUUUGUCGGUAUCUUGGUCUAGGUAGUCCAGCUGUGGCGGAAACUCUGCCAAGGGACUUUGGCUUCAACAGGACAGCGUUUGGUAUACAUUGUCUUGGCAACGAGACUGAUAUUUCGCAAUGUAGUGCCGAUACAUAUGAUGUAACUAUGGGAGCAUGUGACCAAAUGGGCGAUGCUGUGGCGAGAUGUGCAAUGAUGCCAGUGACAAACAACAUAACACACGACGUAUACAUUGAUCCAAGUGGUCGAGUUAUGAUGUUUGAUAAAGCAAAGAGAACUGAGGGCACUGUGUGCAGUAACGCUUGGGAUGACCGAGACGCCGAAGUGCUUUGUCGAUAUCUUGGUCUAGGUGGUCCGGCUUCAGCAGAAACUUUGCCAAGGGACUUUCGCUUUAACAGAACAGCGUUUGGUAUACAUUGUCUUGGAAAUGAGACUGAUCUUUGGCAAUGCAAGGGUGACAACUACGACGUAACUAUGGGAGCUUGCAACUAUAUGGAUGAUGCCGUGGCGAGAUGUGGAAUCACGCCCAAGACAAAUAACAGGACGGAAGAAGUAUAUAUCGGUCCGAAUGGUCGUGUCAUGGUGUUUGACAAAGUUAAGGGAAUAGAAGGUACAGUGUGCAGUAACGCUUGGGAUGAUCGAGAUGCCGAAGUUGUUUGUCGGUAUCUUGGUCUAGGUAGUCCAGCUGUGGCGGAAACUCUGCCAAGGGACUUUGGCUUCAACAGGACAGCGUUUGGUAUACAUUGUCUUGGCAACGAGACUGAUAUUUCGCAAUGUAGUGCCGAUACAUAUGAUGUAACUAUGGGAGCAUGUGACCAAAUGGGCGAUGCUGUGGCGAGAUGUGCAAUGAUGCCAGUGACAAACAACAUAACACACGACGUAUACAUUGAUCCAAGUGGUCGAGUUAUGAUGUUUGAUAAAGCAAAGAGAACUGAGGGCACUGUGUGCAGUAACGCUUGGGAUGACCGAGACGCCGAAGUGCUUUGUCGAUAUCUUGGUCUAGGUGGUCCGGCUUCAGCAGAAACUUUGCCAAGGGACUUUCGCUUUAACAGAACAGCGUUUGGUAUACAUUGUCUUGGAAAUGAGACUGAUCUUUGGCAAUGCAAGGGUGACAACUACGACGUAACUAUGGGAGCUUGCAACUAUAUGGAUGAUGCCGUGGCGAGAUGUGGAAUCACGCCCAAGACAAAUAACAGGACGGAAGAAGUAUAUAUCGGUCCGAAUGGUCGUGUCAUGGUGUUUGACAAAGUUAAGGGAAUAGAAGGUACAGUGUGCAGUAACGCUUGGGAUGAUCGAGAUGCCGAAGUUGUUUGUCGGUAUCUUGGUCUAGGUAGUCCAGCUGUGGCGGAAACUCUGCCAAGGGACUUUGGCUUCAACAGGACAGCGUUUGGUAUACAUUGUCUUGGCAACGAGACUGAUAUUUCGCAAUGUAGUGCCGAUACAUAUGAUGUAACUAUGGGAGCAUGUGACCAAAUGGGCGAUGCUGUGGCGAGAUGUGCAAUGAUGCCAGUGACAAACAACAUAACACACGACGUAUACAUUGAUCCAAGUGGUCGAGUUAUGAUGUUUGAUAAAGCAAAGAGAACUGAGGGCACUGUGUGCAGUAACGCUUGGGAUGACCGAGACGCCGAAGUGCUUUGUCGAUAUCUUGGUCUAGGUGGUCCGGCUUCAGCAGAAACUUUGCCAAGGGACUUUCGCUUUAACAGAACAGCGUUUGGUAUACAUUGUCUUGGAAAUGAGACUGAUCUUUGGCAAUGCAAGGGUGACAACUACGACGUAACUAUGGGAGCUUGCAACUAUAUGGAUGAUGCCGUGGCGAGAUGUGGAAUCACGCCCAAGACAAAUAACAGGACGGAAGAAGUAUAUAUCGGUCCGAAUGGUCGUGUCAUGGUGUUUGACAAAGUUAAGGGAAUAGAAGGUACAGUGUGCAGUAACGCUUGGGAUGAUCGAGAUGCCGAAGUUGUUUGUCGGUAUCUUGGUCUAGGUAGUCCAGCUGUGGCGGAAACUCUGCCAAGGGACUUUGGCUUCAACAGGACAGCGUUUGGUAUACAUUGUCUUGGCAACGAGACUGAUAUUUCGCAAUGUAGUGCCGAUACAUAUGAUGUAACUAUGGGAGCAUGUGACCAAAUGGGCGAUGCUGUGGCGAGAUGUGCAAUGAUGCCAGUGACAAACAACAUAACACACGACGUAUACAUUGAUCCAAGUGGUCGAGUUAUGAUGUUUGAUAAAGCAAAGAGAACUGAGGGCACUGUGUGCAGUAACGCUUGGGAUGACCGAGACGCCGAAGUGCUUUGUCGAUAUCUUGGUCUAGGUGGUCCGGCUUCAGCAGAAACUUUGCCAAGGGACUUUCGCUUUAACAGAACAGCGUUUGGUAUACAUUGUCUUGGAAAUGAGACUGAUCUUUGGCAAUGCAAGGGUGACAACUACGACGUAACUAUGGGAGCUUGCAACUAUAUGGAUGAUGCCGUGGCGAGAUGUGGAAUCACGCCCAAGACAAGUAUGAUUCAUUAG